AUGUGCGGGCCAGCACAGCGCCUCAACGAACUUGCUGUCGCAAACUCUGACGGCCUCCUAAAUGACGACGAAUACCGCCUCCUGCGACAGAGCAUCUUCGAGCAGCACUCGACGACGCUGGUGAUCCCCGUAGAGGCCCCCAUCGUCCCUUUAGCCCGCGUCCACGUCCAGCUGCGUGGUUCGACGUCCUCGCCCUCACCAGCCCAUCGGCGACCACCAGAGAAGGCUUCUCUCGACCCGCGCAAGCCGCCAGCGUCGCCAUCGCCAGUUCGCCCUUCCAAAUCCUCUAGCGGAAUCACCAACCUCCUCCGACGUGCGACAGGCCGCAAGACGCCCAACCCCCCUCCUAAUGGCCCUCCGACGACACCCAAAGACUCACGUACGGGCCCCACCGACACUCCGAAGCGUGGCGCACUCUUUCCUCGGCUUCUCAACAAGAAGCGCUCCACCGCCGAGCUUCCACCGCGCCCUGACACUUCUCGCAGCAUUCCAGUAACAGAUCACCAGCCCCGCACACCCCGGCUGGUCGUCGAUGACGCCCUCUCCCCUCAUUCACCGCGUUCCACCCGCUCACGAGCUCCCAGCACCUCGAACUCGUCCCACCAGCACCACCAGCCUUCAACAUCCACAUCCACGACAUCCACCUCCGGCAUGCCCCUCGUGCCCCUACCAGACGUUUUCGACGAAUCCAACCUCCUUACCGCGCGCGACAUACGAGCGACGAUUGCCAUCACCGAGGACGAGGCUCGGCGGCUCGUCGACGCGUUCCACAACCUUGAGGCGAGCACCCUGCGACGGAUCCAGAAGCAGCGCGCGCGUCGCCUACCCGCCCCAGGCCCCACGAGCGUCGACGUCCUUCUCGAGGGCCGCGAAUGGCGCGAGCACCGGCUUGUCUCGUCGCCUUCCUCCCCGCCCUUUCCCUCCGGGUCUCGGUCGAAGCAGAUCUUGGGUUCGCUUGAAGCUCAGAGCAAAGGGCACCCCGGAACGGGAACGGGCACAGGGAGUGAUGGCAUGUCGAUCCGCUCAGGGUCGUCGAACCGCACGACCCUGUCCGCGUCCAGGUCGAUUUCGUCCCUGCCGAAACUCUUUUCAUCGACAUCCUCCCAUUCAUCGACUUCAACGACGUCCCCGCUAUCCCCCCACUUCCGGAACGCGAGCAGCACGUUGCCGAGGAAGGGGUCGGUGUCAUCGGUGUCGUCGCAAGCGCCGUCCUUCAAGCUUGCCUCAGCAGUUGGGCAACCGAGCCUGAGCCCGCCCAGCUCCCUGUCGAGGAGCACGUCGCACCUUGCUCUACGGAGCCUCAAGCUCAAGCAUUCAAUCGGGAUGAAGUCAAGCGACACGGUUGGCCUGAGGAAUUUAAGCCCGACGUCACCCACAACUUCCGCUGAAAGUGCAGGACCGAGUAUGACAGGCGAUCCGGAGAUCGACGACGAUCCUGAGCUGGUGGAUAUCCGGAAAAGGCGGGAGGACCUGGUGGCUCGAUAUACCGCCCGCCUGGAGUUUCUGAAAGCGAAGCUGAAAGGCGCAGAACUUCACGAGAAGCUGCUGAGGAAGUGA